ACUGCAGGGUGAGGCUCAGAGAGAGGAGACAGACGACCAGAUUCAGGAUGAGGACUCUGUCACUGGUGCUGCUGGUUUCAGCUUUUACAUUUGCCACUGCAACAAAGCCUAGAAGUCAGUUCACGCGUUACCGCUCAUGGAACUCGCGGAUGUAUCCGGUGUGGAAAGAUGGAGACCCGAGGUUCAGGAACUGUUGGUUUGGUGGUGAUGUAACUUUUGAACUGAAAAACGAUGCACCCACUCUGACUGGAGCACGAGCAACCUUCAACAUUAAUCUGAACUUCCCACCAAACCAGACCAUGCUCUCUGACGGGCAGGUGGUCUGGGCGCAAAACUGCACCAUCAAUGGACGAGAGUACCAGGAGGGUCAGCCUGUCUAUCCGGACCAGGACACCCAGACCACCGGAGUUUUCCCUGACGGCACACCUUUCAGGAGUCAAAACAAGAAGCCCCACUAUGUGUUUGUGUGGAAGACAUGGGGGCGUUACUGGCAGGUGGCAGAUGGACCGUCCUCCUCCCUCUCUAUCGGCACCGACAACGUCCCCCUGGGCUCGUACAACAUGGAGGUUAUCAUCUAUCACUGCCGUGGCAAAGACAAGUUCAUCCCUCUCGGCUAUGCCUCCACGUACUUCGCCAUCACAGAUCAGAUUCCCUUCACCAUCUCACUUGCCCAAAUCAAUGAUGUAAACCAGAACGACCAGAACUUCAUCCAGAACCGAGCCAUUGCCUUCACUGUCAAGCUCCAUGACCCCAGUCAGUACCUCAACAGCGCCGACGUCAGCUUCAGCUGGGACUUUGGUGACAGCACCGGUACUCUGAUCUCCAGAGAGCUCACUGUCACACACACAUAUCUCGCAGUCGGGACCUUCAAACCUCAGGUGGUCCUGAUGGCAAGCAUCUCCAAUGGCUGCGGAUCCCCCACUGCUGUUGUUCCUAUUGAUGCCUCUGCGAUACCAGCAGUAGUUGUGGUGCCCUCCACCGCUGAAGCUGUCCCAGCAGUAACAGCAGAGGGAGGAGAUGUGAUUGCUCUUGAUGUUCCUGCCUCUGUGCAGCCAGCUGAAGCAGCAGAGGGAGAUGCAGUCGCUGAUACAGACGCAGAAGCAGUGGAGGUUGCCUCAGUUGCACCUGCAGUUGACGCAGCAGUCCUUCCAGAGGACACUGCUGCCGCUGCUGCAGAAGCAGAUGUUGCAGCUGAAGAUGCAGAAGCAGCAGGUGAGGUGGCUACUGUAGCCCCUGUCGCACCUGCAGCUGAAGAGACAGCAGCUGCUGUAGAUGCCGAUGCAGCUGCUGCCGAUGCAGUUGUUGCAGAUGCAGUUGUUGCAGAUGCAAAUGCAGUUGUUGUAGAUGCCGAUGCAGUUGUUGCAGAUGCAGAUGCAGUUGUUGCAGAUGCAGAUGCAGCUGUUGCAGAUGAAACAGCAGUGUUAACAGACGCAACUGAAGAAGAUGCGGCUCUGAUCAACGCUGCUGCUUCAGUUGCACCUGUUGCAGAGGGAGAAGAAGCUGCAGUGGACGCUGCUGCCGCUGUUACUGUUGCUCCUGCAACAGAAGUAGUUGAGCAGGAAGCUGACGUUGUGGCUGCUGCGGUUGAUGCUGAUGUUGCUGUUGCUGCUGCUACUGAGGCUACUCUGGCUGUAGAUGCUGCUAUCGAUGCUGCUACUGAGGCUACUCUGGCUGUAGAUGCUGCUAUCGAUGCUGCUACUGAGGCUACUGUUGCUGUAGAUGCUGCUACCGAUGCUGCUGCUGUAGAUGUUGCUGCUGAGGCGACUGUUGCUGCCGAUGUCGUUGUUGCUGUCGAUGCUGCUGUUGUUGAUGAUGCCGCUGUUAUUGCUGCCGCAGACGUUGUUGCAGCUGAAACAGAAGCCCCUGCUGAUAAUGUUGUAGCUCCUGCUGCCACUGAGACCCCAAUUGUAGAAGAGGCAGCACCAGCUGCUGAUACUGAGGCUGAAGUACAGGCAACUGAGAACGAAGUUGCAGCUACUGCAGCUCCUGCAGGUGAUGAAGCGGCUGUUGCAGCUGAAGCUGAGGUUCAAGCAGAGGCGGAAAUAGAUCCAGCACUGGUUCCCAUCAUUUUGGCUAAGAGACAAGCACCAGAGCUGACAGAAGACUGCACGGUCUACCGUUAUGGCUCCCUCGCCACAUCUGUAGAGGUUAUCCAGGGUAUUGAAAGUGUAGAGAUUGUACAGAUGACCAACGUGGUAGCAAUGGCGACCGAGUUGGAUCAGAACGCUGUGGACAUCACCAUCUCCUGCCAGGGAAGCCUGCCAAGUGAGGUCUGCACAGUGAUUUCAGACGCGGACUGCAUCACACCAGUGGAAACAAUCUGUACUGCAGCUACUCCCUCUCCAGACUGUCAAAUGAUUCUUCGUCAGUUCUUCAAUGACUCAGGAAUAUUUUGCAUCAAUGUCUCAUUGACCAAUGAUGUCAGUCUUGCUGUUGCAAGUGCUAGAGUCAGUGUAAUAGUAGCAUCCAGUGGUUCCCCAGCUGGAACCGCAGCCACAGUCGUGGGGGUCAUGGUUCUCGCCUGUGUUGUCUGUUGUAUUGGUUUGAUGUACAGGCGGUUCAAGCAGUACCAGCCACUCAGAGAAGACUCUGACAGUAAUGGAGGAAGCUCUGCAGUAACAUCAAUGCCUUUGUUGUUGUGGAACCUGUUGAGUCGUCAGUCACCAGGAGAGAGUCGUCCACUUCUUCAGGGGAGGACUGUGUGAAUAUCAUCAUCAUCAUCAGCUCAUGCUCUCAACAUCUACACCAAUGCUACAAUAUUGACUUUAUAAACAUAAUACUGUAACUAUAAUGAUAUUGUAACUCCCGGUCAAUGUAGUAAACCAGAAUCAAUAAAAUGAGCCAGCCCCGUGUGCAACAAUGUGUGUAGAAAUAGAAAGGAGCAAAGUUUGUAAUAAAGAAAUGUCAUAAGAAUGUUGAAACAUUUUUAGAGGAAAGUGAUAUUUAUUUUGACCUACAUUAUUUUUUAUCAAUUGGCACUGAUAGUUUAUAGAAGCCAUAACUUGUUCUUUUAUUUGUGGCAUACUUAUACCAAUUGGAAAAUCAAUGUUAACAUAUUUCAGUUCAUUUUCUUGACAAUGUAAUUUAAAUCAUUUACAUCACAA